GCUAUUUCUUACCAAAUGAAAGAAUUAAUAUAUUCUAUUACUAAAUUAAAUACACAAGAGGAAAUAUUGAACAUAUUAGAAAAAAUCAAGGAAUCUGAUGAACUUGGAGCAGCAGAGUGGGUCAAUAAUAAAUAUAAGCCGUGGAUAUUGGCUGGACUUUCAUCCACAUUUACUCAAAUAGAUGCUGAUAUUUGGAAUCAAACACCAAAUAAUACUAAUGUUAGUAAAUUAGCACAUGCCAAUAUAAAUCAUGAUGGUCAAUCUUUAUCUUUAUUAGCAGCAAUAUACCAAUAUGUAUUUGAAGUUAGAGCUGCAGUACAAAUUCGAUAA